UGUUGUUGUUUUUGUCAGGGAGUGAAAACCUGGGCCAAUAAACAAAAUGGUCAUCACAAGACCAAGACCCACCUGGCUCAUGGAAGGAGGAAUCAGAAGUACACUCUACAAGGGCUUGGUUGGGAACUUGACAUCGCUUUGCUACAGAUUGGAGACACAUACAAAGACUUUGACAUUACAGAGAAACCUUUAGUAGCAUCUAAGGGCAUAUGUGAUCAGAAGACUCUUGUUGAGACAGCUUUUGGCUUAGCACAAAUGGGGAGUGUGCUCUCUUACCAGCAGCCUAUAUUGCCCACAAAGUCGAUCAACAUGCACCAAGAUCCUCCACCUUACCCACCGCUGCCUCUUGGGGAGUACAGGGUUCACCCAACAGAAUGUGUGCAUGUGUGCACUGAAGAGGAGCACUUACACCUUAAAAGCUUGAUAGUCACACUGGACAUGGCCUGUAAGAUUGAGGCUGCCACAAGAGAGCAGGCAGCGGAACAGGAGUGGCAUCAGCUCCAUAGGCCUAGGAUCACCUCACGUUUUAGAGAGGUGUGUUUUGUCAGGGGAGUGAGUUCUACAGAGUCUCUUGCAGAAAUAAUCCUCAAAGGAACAAGGCAGACAGCAGAAAUGAGAAGAGGUGCAGACAUGGAGUUUGAGGCAGCAGUGGAGUACCGCAGGAUGAAAAAUGUCAACUACACGCCCUGUGGCCUCGUCAUCCACCCUGAUGCCCCUUGGCUUGGUGCCUCACCAGAUGGCUUGAUUUAUGAUCCAUUCACACAGCCACCAUUGGGACUGGUUGAGAUAAAGUGCCCUGAUGUGAAGAACUAUGUGGACUGUAAAUACCUUCGAAUGCAGCAUGGCACUUUAGCACUCUGUGAAAGCCACUUGUAUUACUGGCAGGUGCAGGGUCAACUGUUGAUCAAUGGCCUGCAAUGGUGCGAUUUUUGUGAUCUGUGCCCAGGGUGACAUGCUGGUGCAGCGUAUAUAUGUUGACCCGAAGAUAACAGCAGCCAUCAGAGAGAGGGUGGACCAGUUUUAUUUUAAUGUGUAUAUGCAAAAGUAUUUCUCCAAAAGGUUGUUAUGAUUGAUGCAGGAUAAUGUGAGUUGUAAAGUUGGUUGCUUAACCAUUUUUAUUUUUCCUAUUUUUUAUAGACUUUUUUUUUUGGAGAGCUCUGAUGGGCAAUUUUAAUGUUUCAUUGAAUAAUUUAGAUUAUUAAAAAGUAUGUUCGUCAAAAGUUUACACAGUAAUUGUACUGUAUAUAUUGCAAUGAACAAAGAGAAAAAAAAAAAUUCCCCACACAGACUUAUUUUUC